AUGUCAGCAGACAAGCAUCCCGAAUCCAUCCCAGCUCUCAUGAGCUCCCUCCGACAUCUGCGGGAUACCAAUCCCAAAGCCGUCCGGGCAAAUGUCCAUAUAUACCCUGCGACGCUUUACGCCAAUAAUGGAGAAUCAAGCUCGACGGGCUCGAUGAGAGAUAGGAAGAUCAUAAGCUGGAAGAUGACCGAGCAUAUGUAUUUCAAUUCUCAAAAUCCCUUUCCAACGUUGGCCAGAGGUUUGUUCACCGAAGAGAUUCAGGAAAAUGACCCACUACCUGAUGAGGUCAGUAGUGCAGGUGAGGGAUGUACGAGACCUGAAGAUAGGAUAGUAGCGAGAGGGUAUGAUAAAUUUUUCAACAUUGAUGAAGUAGAAUGGACCAAUUGGUCAGCUAUGAAAUUACAUACCGAACCUCCUUAUCACCUGACGUUGAAGUCGAACGGAUGUCUAAUCCUGAUAUCAGCCCUUUCACCCUCCCAUCUGAUAGUGGCUUCCAAGCAUUCACUGGGAACCACUACCGAAGCUCAGGAACAGGAAGCUGCCCACGCUGCGGUCGGCAGGGAAUGGGUGAAGAAAACUUUAACUGCGAAAGGAAAAACAGAAGCUGAGCUGGCCAAGAAGUUGUGGGAUGGAAAUAUGACUGCUGUGUUAGAGUUGUGUGACGAUUCGUUCGAAGAGCAUGUGAUAGCCACGCCAGCCCACUGGACAGGUCUUCACCUCCACGGACUAAAUCACAACACUCCUCAUUUCUCAACUUCUCCUCCUGAUCAGGUGAAUUCCUUUGCUGAAGAAUUCGGGUUCAUCCAAACGAAAUAUGUCGAGUUGCAGACUUUAGACGAGGUAAAAUGGUUCACCGAUGAUGUCGCUAAGACAGGUUCGUGGGAAGGAGACAUGAUAGAAGGAUUCGUCGUACGGUGCAAGGUCAAACAACCAUCUCAAGGUAGCCAGACGAAUGGUAAACCACCAUAUAAAGUCGGAUCACCUUUCUUUUUCAAAGUGAAAUUCGAUGAACCUUAUCUCCUUUAUAGACAGUGGCGAGAAAUCACUAGAGUCAUGUUACCUCUCUUGGAGAAGACUGAACCAGAGGAUAUAGCGGCAAUAUGGAAAAAGGUACGAACGAAAUCGAAACGACCCGAAGUUUCAGUUUACGCAGAUUGGGUAGGGAAGAUGAUUAAGACAGAACCUGCUUUAUUCGAUAAUUAUGAGAAAGGUGUAGUGAGAGUUAGAGAGAGGUUCUUGAGAUGGAUAGAAGAGGAUGAAAGCGCAAAGAAACUCUGGAAUGACGCUAGGGACGGUAAAGCGAAGAACAUCUUGGGGAAGAACGGAAGUGAACAACAACAACGAAGUAAAGAGGGUUUACCUAAGAAAUGGCUACUCGUGCCAAUUGCUGUACCAGGUUGUGGUAAAACAUUGAUCGGCGUAGCGUUGUCCAAGCUAUUCGGUUUCGGUCAUACCCAAAGCGACGAUAUCACCACCAAACGUACAGCACCUACCUUCAUCAAGAACAUCACGGCAUUGUUGCAGAAAGAGGACGUCGUCUACGCAGACAGGAAUAACCAUAUACCAAAACACUACGAAGAACUAUCCGCAAUAGCCUCUUCGAAGCCAAUGCAGAAAUACGAUGUCCGGCUAAUAGGAAUCGUAUGGGAUAUAUCUUCUCAGCCAUAUCAUAGGUUACUCCGAAUCUGCUCAGAGAGAGUCGUCGCUCGAGGAGAUAAUCAUCAGACUCUCCGACCUGAUCCAACGGUAGAUGCAGAACAUGAAGCGGUAGUAGGCCAAUUCUUACGAAAUUUCACUUCUCCCGAUCCACUCUUGUUCGAUCAGCUUAUCGAUGUCAAAGCUCUAAACUCGCCAAGGGAAGUAUUGGGUGAGAUCGUAAAUUCCUUAGUGAACAUUAUGGGCUUACCUAAACCUCAAGAAGGAAAUAUGAAUAAAGCCUUGGAUGAGGCAGGGGAAUAUAAAGUGACUACGCCAUAUCACGCACCUGCAAAAGUUGGUAAACCAAUCAGGUAUUUUGGUAUAGCACCUGAGAUCGACCUGGGUGAAAUUGUAGAGAAUAUAAUACAAUACUCUACGUCAUUUGGUGAUAAAAACGAAUGUUUAGAAUCUGUUAAGGAGGUAUUUGAUCUGAUUAAAUCGCAAGGUAGAAUCACAUCAAAACCGCAUAUCACCUUAUCACACGAGAAGAACGUUGCCACCGAAGCUGAACAAUUAGCUCCCGAAGGGAAAGAAGGUGAAGAGGGUCCUCAAAAGAAAUUGUGGGAGACAUGUAGAAGAUUAUCUGAAAUGAAAGUUUCAAUGUUAUUCAAGUUCAGAUUAACCCAUUUGAUAUGGGAUAAAAGAGUCAUGACUUUAGCUAUAGAAGAUUUUAGACCUAUCCCCGUAGACAAGGAGGGAGGAGUUCAGGUGGAUUUAGAAAGUGUAUUACCUUCCGAUGUGAAGAGUUUAUUACAUAUUACUGUGGGAACGGUGUCAGAGGAGAUAUCUGCAUUUGAAUCUAGAGGGUUGAUGAAGGUCCUUCGAGACAAUGGAGAUAGUGAGUCAGGUGAGAAGGAUGAGGUUGUAGAGGAUGGUGGGAAGGUUAGAUGGAUUAGAGUCAAAGAAAUGCAAGGUGAAGGAAGAGUCAAAGGGAUGAGUUGA